AUGUCACUACGGAAAGCCGAAAACACAAGAAGGAAAGCCAGGGAAAGGGCAAAGAAGAGAGCAGCAUUCACAGCCAACCCAUAUAAGUUUGCAAGAUCCUUACUCGACAAAGAACAGUCAGGGAAGUUAGAAGCACCACUUGAAGAGGUUGAAAGAUAUCUCCAUUCUACACACUCUGACCCCAAUCGAGAGGAACUGCUAGGGGACUGUGAACGAAUAUACCCAGCUAAGGAACCAGAGAAGCCGUUAGAUGUCUCGGAACCAACACUGGGGGAAGUAAAGGAUACCAGGAAAGCAAGAAGCGCUUCAGCGCCCGGACCCAACGCCAUCCCGUAUAAAGUAUACAAGAUGUGCCCAUUACUUCUAAAGCGGUUGUGGAGGCUUCUUAGGGUUGUAUGGAGGAAGGGGGAAAUUCCAGACGCAUGGAAGAAAGCAGAGGGAGUAUUUACACCAAAAGAGAAGAACUCCAAGACAGUCAACCAGUUCCGAACGAUUUCGUUGCUCAACGUCAAGGGAAAAAAUAUAUUUUUUGCUAUUCUUGCAAGGCGUCUGACAUCUUUCUUGACUGGAAACAAGUACAUUGACACUUCAGUUCAGAAAGGGGGAGUUCCUGGUUUCUCCGGCUGUGUGGAGCACACCAGCGCAAUCACACAGCUCAUCCGUGAGGCGAAAGAAGGCAGGAAGGACCUUACCAUUGUCUGGCCUGACUUAGCCAACGCGUAUGGAUCAAUUCAACACCAGCUGAUCUACACAGCCCUCCAGCACUACCAUGUAGAUGGCCACGUACAGAAGAUCAUCACCAGCUACAUGGAUGGCAUCCGGCUACGGUUGUAA